AUGUAUGAAACACGCGACUUAGUAGGAGCUGCUGGACGAGUUGUGGAUGAAAAUCCCUGGCCAAACAAUAGUAAAAUCGCGGUUUCCUUCGUGGUUAAUUACGAAGAAGGUGGUGAGCGUUCCCUUUUGUACGGUGAUGAAGGAUUUGAAACAUUUUUAACAGAGGGCGGUUUGAUGCCUUUUCCCAAUCGUCCCGUUCGUGAGCGAUCAAUUGAAUCCUGCUUUGAAUAUGGAUCACGCUGUGGAUUUUGGAGGAUACUGAACUUGUUCAAAAAACAUGAGGUUCCUUUCACUUGUUGGGCAAUUGGUCAGGCAGUAGAGAAUAAUCCUACGGUCGUCCAUGCCAUGGAAGAAGCUGGUUGUGAAGUAGGUUCCCACUCUUACCGUUGGAUCAAUUACGAAAAUGUUCCAGAGGAAGUGGAGUAUGAGCAUGUUAAGAAGUCAAUUCUGGGUAUCCAGAAGGCUUCCCCUACUAAUACUCCUCCUCGUAGCUGGUAUACAGGUCGUGCUAGUAUCCGCACUCGUAAAAUCGUCUGCCAAGUGUACCGCGAACUUGGCUUACCUCAGCCUUUUGAUUCAGACGAUUACAAUGAUGACCUUCCUUACUGGGUUCCUGAUCCGUUGGCUGAUGAAACGAACGACAAGGAAGACAAAGGUCUUUUAGUCGUGCCGUACACACUUGAUGUUAAUGACAUGAAGUUUGCAGUGGCUCCAGGGUUCUGUAAUGGGGAAGAUUUUUUUACCUAUUGUCGAGAUGCUUUUGAUGUAUUGUACGAAGAGGGUCGAGAUGGCUCCCCCAAGAUGAUCACCAUUGGUCUCCACUGUCGAAUGACUGGCCGUCCAGGUCGUUUCCGUGGUUUACAAAAGUUGAUGGAGCAUAUUACUUCUAAAGAAGGUGUUUGGGUUGCUACUCGAGAACAAAUCGCUAAUGCCUGGGCUUCCAAGCAUCCUUACCAAAAGCAAUAA